AUUAAAAAAAAUAAAAUGUAAAUGAGCCAAGGUGAAUUUUGGCAAAAAUAAGAGGAAAUAAUUUAAGGAGUUUAAGAUGGUUAAUAAAAGAGAAAGAAUAAAAAAAGAGUAAUUACAAAUCCAAGUUAAUAAACAGGACAUUGGAGUGAAUCUGAACAUUAAACUUAUAUUGAUUUUUUGAAUAUGCAUAGAACUGUAAUGGAAUCAUAAGAUUAAAAAAAGACUAGCAAAAUAUUUAAAUUGAUGAGUGAGACUAUUGGGACUAGAAGUCCAUCAUAAUGUAGGUUGUAAAUUAACAAAUAAAUAUUAGAUCUCAUCAUUAAAAGUUUAAUCCUUUUGUUCAUUAAAUAAAAAAGAGAUAGAAAGGAGCAGGAAGAAGAAAAAAGGAUAAUUAAAAUAUUGAUAAAUUAAAUAAGAAUGAUGAAAAUGCAUUUUUGUAAUCUUUACAAAUUCAGCAUUAAUUAUUUUAACAAUAACCUUUGGUAAUUAUCAAAUUUAAUAUAGGAUUAUUAAAUGUUGUAGUUUCCUUAUUUCCCUUAUGUUCCAAUAUUCGAUAAUUAGUUUAAAGAAGAUGAGAAAUUAAAUGAACAAUAGCAGUUGUAUUUUCAAUAAUGUAUGUUAUUUCAACAACAAUUUCCAUAAUAGUUGGAUGAUAAGAAUCUUUGUUGUUUUAAUUUUAAUUUUAUGCCUUAAUAAUAGUAAGUUCAUUUAAAUUUUAAUUACUUCCAAUAAUAAUAAUAAUAAUAAUAAUAAUAAAUGUUCAACAAUGAUUUUUAAGUAUUAAAUUCAGGUGAUAUAAACAACAAGGAAAACUAAUUCGAUGAAUAAUGA